UUAUAUAACAGGUACCCCUUGCAUAGGAUCCUUGUUUGAUAAAAAAGCCAAACACUAUUUUACGGUUUAAGAUUUUUGUGGAACUACCUUAUUUAAAGAAUUUGACAACCCGGUUUUGUUAAUUGACUAAAAUUUAAAAUGGAUAUUUAAUGAUAUAAUAGAACCGAGCCAAGAUUUUCUUCGGAAAACAAAUUUUCGCAAUGACGUAUGUUUUCAAUUAUUUAUACCAUAUAUGUGAAAAAACAAAUUUUCGUAUUGACGUAUGUUUUCAAUUAUUUAUACCAUAUAUGUGAAAAAUUAAUAUCCUCAGUUGGUACUAUAAAUGACUAUACCUUUUAAGUCACGGACUAAGCCUCUGUAUGAAUUCAAAUCAGGAUUGUCUUAAAACACAAAGCAGAUGAAAUUAAAAUAAUUAAUUCAAAGGAUAAAGUAAAUUAAGUUUUGGUUUGGAAACUGAGAGCCAUAAAAAGUAAUAAAAUACAUUUAUUUCAUUUUAAUGAUGUUUUUUCUGGUGCAUUGUAGAAUUUUUUUAAAUGUUUUUAGAGGUUUAUUUAAAUUUAUGUUAUAUUUGUAACCAUCAGUGUUCCAACAGUGAAUUUUCAUUUUACGAUUUUCGCUGGUACGGAUCUGCUUGAAACUAACUAAUAUGGAAAAUUCUUUCCAGAAUAUACUUAAAUGAAAUAUUUAGUGACAUUUUCUUUCAUUUGUCAAGCAUUAUGUAUAGUAAACAGUUAUUAUAAGAACCACAUAAAAUGUUAUUACCAGAAUAUAGGAAAAUUACUUUUAGAACAUAAAACCUGGUACGUUAAGACUGUGUGAGUUAAUGACUGAAAAAAGGGUUUUGUUAAACCUUUCUUUUCGCCAAAACAUUGCAUCCAGUGUUCACUCGAUGAGGAAAAAAUGCAUUUAUUUCAUGUGCUAAAGCAAACAAUAUUAUCUUUCAAACUACUUUUAUGUUUUAAGUUCAUUAAGCUUUAUCCGUAGUAAUUGAUCAUUCAGUAUUACAACAAUAUAGUGAGUUGAUAGGAUAUUAAAAAGUUCAAAGGUUAAAACUUUUAUAUUCUACCCGUAAAAUAAAUAUUGAAUAUGCUGGCCUAAUGUAUCAAUUUAUAUUAUUAUAUAAAAGAAUUUCAUUUUGUUUUCAGGUUAAACGCUGUUCACGUCAUUCUAGAUUUACAGGUUUUUUACAUUUCUUAAUCAAAAUCAUUCCAGAUUCAAAAUCCACUGGUAAUAUAUUUAGUUAACUUUAGUCCAAACUUUACUAAGAAAAGAGAAAAAGAUAAACAAUUAUAUUUGCUUUUCAUAUUGAAAGGAAGUACCCGAAAAAAAACUUUACAUUGUAAUAAAACAACGUAUAGAAUUAUAUGUAGGAUUUUCCAUAUAAAAAAGUAAUAGUAAAAUAUAAAACAGCCUUUCGGCAAAUUGUUUUGUCCGAAAGUGCCUAAAACAUAAGACAAAUAUAAUUUGCUAGUCAUAUUUAAGGGAAAAUAUACAUUCAAAUAGGGACUGAUUUCAUUCCUUAUAUCACCUAAGAAGUAUGAAUGGGUAACUUAGACGAGUACGUUGAGUACAGAGUUUCUUUGUACAUUUUACGAAUAGUUCCCCCGCUUUUGCUCGUCUUUGGUACAGCUGGGAAUGUUACUUCUAUAGUAAUAUUGAUGCAGCGUAAAAACCGUAUCUCUUCGACAGCGAGAUUUCUGACAGCUCUUGCCGUAUGUGAUACUUUGUCACUUUUGGUGACCGUAUCUAGAAACUGGCCGAUCGUGAUGUUUGAUGUUUCGAUUGCACAUACCUCUCCAAUUGCAUGCAAGUGUUACGGCUUUUUGGUUUAUUUUUCGUCUGAAACGUCAUCAUGGUUUAUUGUUGCCAUAACUGUCGAACGAUUUGUCUGCAUAUUCUGCCCACAUAGAACGAAACAGAUUUGUUCAUUGCAACGAUCAAACACUGUCAUCAUGUGUAUUUUCACGGCGCUUUUUCUUUUCAAUGUACAUCUUCUCUUCGGAAUGAGUAUCGGCGAAAAUAGCAAAUGUUAUCCUACGGGAGAUAUGUAUGCUGAAUUUUACUUUAAAAUAUGGCCCAUUGUAAAAAUUAGUGUAGCCAGCAUUAUCCCUUUCUUAAUCGUCUUCGUGGGGAACACUUCUAUCAUGAUUAAAAUGCGCAGGAGAGAAAGGAGUUUUAGAAACCAAAACGUGAAAAGUUCCCGUUUAAUGGUUACUCUAGUACUGUUGAACGUUGUGUUUCUCGUGUGUAUUACACCAAUGGCACUUUUCAUGUUGUUCUUAGGUAAAAGGUACCUAAAUUUAGGCGACACGCACGAGGACGCUGUCGUGCUAUUACUCUGGUCGGUCGUUAAUGUGUUGUAUUUCACAAACAAUGCUGUUAAUUUCUUACUGUACUUUCUCAGUGGCUCUAGAUUCAGAAAGGAGGUAAGAAAUCUUUGUUGCGUAAAGAGUUGGUGCCAUAGUGCUGCUACUGACAGUACUGCACAAAAGCAAACUGGAAACAAGUAACGUACCUCCAAAACCUAUCUAAAGAUAAUACGUCUACUUAGUGUUCAUACACGUUGUGUUGUUGACAGUUAAUUGCGAACUUGUCUCAUAUCAGACAACCCUCUCUUCAAUUGCCUUUGACAGUACAUAAUUACUUCUACCUCUGCGUGUCAUAAGCCUCGGUGACCGACUGCCGUUAAGGCUGUUGUGGAUUUCAAUCCCCAGAAGAGUCACAAUUUUUAAAAACUUUUUAUUAUCUUUUAUUUGAUUGUUUUUUAGCAUGUAUAUACAUUCCAAAGCCAAGGUUAAAAAAUUUAGUUGCCUGGUGGUUUAUCUUUGAAAAGAAGACUUGAGUCGGUUGCAUUUAGCCUAUGUAUGUUUUCUAAUAUAGAGUUUAUUCGAAACUUUCAAAACAUUUUGGUUGUGAAAGUAUUUCUGUAAUAUGUUAUAAUAAAUUCAUUUUAACGACAAAAUUCAUUUGAAGAUACUGCCAUCGCAAAUUGUAAUGGUUACGCGUGCGUGUUUAUUUUUAUAACAGAAAAGGACAAUCAUCUAACUACAUUAUAAGGUAUCUGUCAACAUUUACUUUGUCUAUGAAUAAUUGAUAUAAAAUAUAUUGUCUCCAAUUGGUGGUUUUGAACUACGGGUCUGGAUGAUUGGUGAAAAUUUCUCAUUAUUGGAAAAUAUCAUGUAUCUACAUAUGUGAUUUUAAUAUAUAUACAUACAGUUUUAAAGGAUUUUAAAUAUCGUUUGUUAUGGAAGGAAGACAUAAACACUUUACAGGAUUCAAUCAAUACGACCGCCGUAUAUAUUGCAAAAAAGGCGGUUUUAAACAGUCAAAACUUUUACAAAAAAAAUGACAAACGGUUCAUGAGCGAAUAAUUAGCCACAUCUGUCAGUUUUGUACAUAAUGUAAUACCUCUAGUCCUCUGUUGUUUCAAAGCACUGAAAUUUGGUUAAAAUGAUCUUUUUUGAUAUUGAAGUUUAGUCAUAUUAUGAACAUAAGAACGUGAUAUUUUGUUUCUAAACUAUUUUAAAAUGCCAAAUCCGAGUCGGGAAUUUAACCAGGGUCGCCGCGGUAAAAAACAUUUUCCUGCGGUUUGAUUUAAUCAUAUUUUAUUGCUCUUUGAUAUAUUAUUACAAUUACAAUUCAAACAUACAUAAUCAAAGGGCAAAAGGGUCGGACAACAAGUUCUGACAACAUUAGAGACUGUCCUUCCCUUAAGCUUUAGUUAGAAAAAAACGAACACAGAAAAUAACAACAUAUACACUCGAGCAAUAAUAUACUACAGAUGGCGGAUGUACAAGUGUUUAUAAGAGAAAAAAGUAAUGAAGAUGAGAGCACUUAAUCCUGAUGAAAAAAGAAAAAAAAAAGAAAAAAGAACACAGAAGAAUAAUACAAAGAAAAAAAAACUUUCGAUGUGAUGGCAGUCUCUCUGUCUGUCUGCGACUGUCACGAGAUGUUAAACGUUUAUAUAAUUUGAACAAUGGUGGAUUAAUCUAGUCAGAUAUUAGUAAGAUGUUGUUUGGUCUGUUGUUAAUAUUAUGUAUUAUUUAAACCUUUCUGUAUGUUUUAUAAACUUUUGCACUUCGUUGAAUAUCUGUGAAUUUACCUCCAUUGUUAAAUCUUCUUUACCAAAUAAUAAUGCGUUAGUAUUUAGGGGAUGAUAGGGGCGUGUGGAUGUAAAUAAUUGGUGUCUUUGAUCUCCGAAACGAUUGCAUUUAAAAAAGAAAUGCUCAGCAUCUUCAGUGCCAUAGCCACAUUCACACUGAGCUGAAUCUCUUAAAUGAUUUUUUAAAAGAUCACCAUUUAAACUACUACACCUGUUUCUAAUUCUGGCGUGAUAAACAGACAAUGUCCUUACACCAAAUAGGUAAAACAAAGGAACUUGUGGAGGUUUAAAUUUUUCUUUGAGACUUGUUUUAAAAGCGUUUAAAGUGGACGAUUCUCGAAUAUUAAUUUCUAGAUUGUUCCAAGCAGAAAUAGCAGAUGGUAUAAAUGAUUUGGAAAAUAUUUCUGUUCUUCUUGCAACUGUAACAUAAUUAUUAUCGUUUCUUAAGUUAUAAGGAGUAGUUUCUGAAACUUCAUGUGGAA